AUGAAAUAUUUUUUCAUAAUUUGGUUUGCUUAUUUAACUCUUGGGAAUUCAAUAGUAGGGAAAAAAGCUUCAGGUAAUCAUAGAUAGUAUUGGUUAGAAUAGUUCUUCCCAUAAAUUAUGGAUUGGCUUAAAAAAUAAGAUUAGAAGGUGGACUAAGCCUUGGCUUUCAAUAUUUUAACAGAAAUAAUUUAAUAAACAGAUGAAGAACUACUUUAAAAUACUGAAAACUAGGAAUUUAUUAAGACAUUCUAAUAAUAGGUAUUCGGUUAGAGUAACAUUUUUAAGAUAUUGAAAUAUUGUAAAGAAAAAAAGUAGUUUGAAUAUGAUAGGAUAGAAAAUAUAGAGAAAUUCAUAACAGAUGAACUCAAACAUAACUCUAACUAUUUUAAAAUUAUGAUUAAAGACAAAGAAAAAAUGAUAGAUCAGGAUAAUAAAGAAUUAGAAAAAGUAAAAAAAGCCAUGAAAGAUCAUAGCAAAAUGCAAGAUAAACUUAAUGAUCUUCUUGAAUUACUUCAAGAAAUUGACAUAAGUAGAAUGACAUUUUUAUAAAAUAGGCUUACAUAUUGGUACUUCAGAUAAAUUAUAUAAAACAUUAGAAAAUAUAGAAUCAUAGGCAGUUAUUGGGUUGUUUAAAUAGUAAUCUGAAGAAAUAUAGCUUUAUUUAACUCAUGUUGAUAUGCUUUUCAAAUCCAAAAAUUUCCAAUAAGACUAAGUAUUUGUUGAUAUUUAAUCAAGUUUGAAAUAAUAAAUCUGAUUU